UGAAAGUUGCUUUCGACGUGUCUACGGAGCAGCAGAGAGAGAAGUUUGUGUUUGCGUGUCAAACCCGGGUCUGUUCAGCUCCAGUCUGCAUCAGUAACCCGGGUCUGUUCAGCUCCAGUCUACAUCAGUAACCCGGGUCUGUUCAGCUCCAGUCUACAUCAGUAACCCGGGUCUGUUCAGCUCCAGUCUGCAUCAAUAACCCGGGUCUGUUCAGCUCCAGUCUACAUCAGUAACCCGGGUCUGUUCUGCUCCAGUCCUGUGUGUGAAAGGGAAGUUAAACCCGGGUCUGUCCUGCUCCAGUCUACAUCAGUAACCCGGGUCUGUUCUGUUCCAGUCUACAGCAUUAACCCGGGUCUGUUCUGCUCCAGUCUACAGCAUUAACCCGGGUCUGUCCUGCUCCAGUCUACAUCAGUAACCCGGGUCUGUUCUGUUCCAGUCCUGUGUGUGAAAGGGAAGUUAAACCCGGGUCUGUUCUGUUCCAGUCUACAUCAGUAACCCGGGUCUGUUCUGCUCCAGUUCCCCUUCAGUCUACAGAGAAAUGGGGGAGACACGUUUAGCAGCUCACGUGUUUCUCUGGAGUCUUUCUGCACUCUACAUGUUCGCCUUCGCAUCUCUUUAUGUGCAGAUUCCUGGUCUGUACGGUAACGACGGUAUUCUCCCGGCGAGGUGGAUGCUGCGGUUGGUGGGGAAGAGCAUGUGGGAGCGGCUGAGGGACACGCCCACUCUGCUGUGGUUCGGCCCGCAGCUCGGACUCGACACGCAGCACUGCAUGGAGCUUCUGAGUCUCAGCGGAACGAUUCUCAGCCUUGCGGCCAUGACGGUCCCUGCCCUUAGAGACUGCAGGCUGUAUUUCAUCCUGUGGGUUUUCUACCUGUCUCUGUACAAGGUCAGCCAAGUCUUCUUAUACUUCCAGUGGGAUAAUCUCUUGUUAGAGGUGGGCUUCUUGGCCAUCCUCAUUGCCCCAAUGAAAAUGCCCUGGGGUAACAGAGUGAGUUUCCACGAUGGUGUGACCUUCUGGCUGCUCCGCUGGCUGCUUUUCCGCCUGAUGUUUGCUUCUGGAAUCGUCAAACUGACCAGUCGCUGUCCCACCUGGUGGGGUCUCACAGCACUGACCUAUCACUAUGAGACACAGUGUAUCCCGAUGCCCCUGGCCUGGUUUGCCCACCAGUUGCCCGUGUGGUUUCAGAAACUCAGCAUUGUUGCCACCUUCGUCAUCGAGAUCGCUGUUCCGUUUCUGUUCUUCAGCCCCAUCCGCAGACACCGACUCUUUUCUUUCUACACACAGGUUUUACUGCAGGUGCUGAUCAUCCUCACAGGGAAUUAUAACUUCUUUAAUUUGCUGACCAUCGCGCUGUGUUUCUCUCUGCUGGACGAUGAACACAUCAGCUUGUGGCUCCGCAGACGCACACAGCACAAUGAGAGGAAUUCCCUGCAUGCCGUGUUGGCGUGGGUGUGUGCUGCGGUCGAAGUGUGUGUUUACGCUCUGCUCAGCUACUGCACCAUCCUCUGCUUCGACCUGAAAGUGGACUGGGACAAGAAAAGUGUCUCCUCUAAAACCGCUUUCACUUAUUAUGAGUUCAACAGCAUGCUGAAGGCUGUGAUGGUGCCCAGUAUUUGGAUCGGGGUUCUGUCUCUCACCUGGGAGAUCAUUACCGCCAUGUUCAGGAGUGCGUGUGUGAGGGGUGUGUUUCGUCGUCUCUGGAGCACGAUGCAGUGGGGCGUCUUCUCUGCAGCAGCAGUUUCUAUGUUCACCAUCAGCCUGGUUCCCUACACCUACAUCGAGUACGAGGCCAACUCAAACCUGUGGCCUGGUGUGCGCAGGGUGUUUGAUUUGACUGAUCGAUAUCAGCUGGUGAACUCGUACGGUCUGUUCCGGAGGAUGACUGGGGUCGGAGGUCGUCCUGAGGUCGUCAUGGAAGGCAGCAUGGAUGGCAGAAACUGGGUGGAGAUUGACUUCAUGUAUAAACCUGGGAACGUGAGCACAGCGCCCCCAGUGGUGAUUCCUCAUCAGCCCCGACUCGACUGGCAGAUGUGGUUUGCGGCUCUCGGCCCUCACACUCAGAGCCCAUGGUUCAGCAGCCUCGUACGGCGCCUCCUACAGGGGAAGAGUGAUGUGAUAAAGCUGAUUCAGUCAGAUGAGACUCGCUACCCGUUCAUUAAACAGCCUCCUGUCUACAUCCGCGCUCAUCGCUAUAAGUACUGGUUUACAGAGCCUAAAGAGGACGGGUCAUUACCCCAGAGGUGGUGGAGGAGGAUCUACGUGGAGGAGUUUUAUCCUCCUGUGCGUCUGGGUGAUGCGUUUUUGGAGGAUGUGCUGACUCAGAACGGCCUCAAUAUAAAGGAUAAACCCCCCACCCGACGUGCUCCCGGUUCGUGGCUCUUGCGGAUGUUGCAGUGUGUAGGUGAACACGUGAGGGACGUCCCUGCUCACAUUCUGCUCUGGACGCUCUUCAGUUCAGCAGCUACCAUGUGUCUGAUCAACUGUCUGAUCUCACACACUCGUCCUCUAACACACACACACAACCAAGAACAGCAGGAGGAGACCAAGGAUGUAAAGAAGGAACAGGAAGAGGAAAAGGAAGACAAGGAGGAAGUCACAGAGGAAGUGAAUGAUGAGGAGGAGGAGGAGGAAUGUGAGGAAGAGGAGGUUAUGAAGACAAGUGACGAGAGCGAGGAAGAGGAUUGAGAAGAAUAUAUAGAGUGAGAAGUUGUGAGGAAGAGGGUGUGGGGGUGGGGGGGGUUCUGUUGAGGUGAAACGAAUGCACUACGUCACAUCACAUCGCUCUCGUGUUGUGUUUUCUAAAAAAAAGUUCUUUUCUAAAUAUUUCUAAAUUAAAGCAUCUCUAUUAUUA